AUGGUUGGUGAAGAGACAAAGAUUGAGAUUGUGUCAAGGAAUUCAUGUGGGGAUCAGUGUUACAGCUCAAAUGACAGCAUUUCCUCAAAAUUUUCCCUUGUGAAAACAGACUGUUCACAUGACUUUGUGUGGAAGACAGUGGAUGAGAAAAAUGGAAAGUAUAUAAUUUCCUUUUACAGUAAUUUGUUGGGAAAGGUGAGGGCUCAGUUCACAAUAAAUGGAGAACCUAUAAAGCAGACUUUACUUCUUAACAUAAAGGGGAGAAAUUAUGCAUCUGUGGAUGUGAUUCAUUCAGACUUUUAUAACCCAUGGGGAGUUGCUGUUAAUACCUCAGAUGACAUUUAUGUUACUGACUUGAACAAUAAAAAAGUGCAGGUUUUGAGAGAUCAUGAGCCUUUUUCAAGAACCUUUGGACGUGGUGUGGUGUAUUCUCCUUCUGGAAUCUGCACUGAUUCUUCAGGAAGGAUCUAUGUCACAGACAGAAGUUUAAACAGAAUACUUCUGUUCAAUUCCCAACAUGUAUUAUGCAAAAAGAUUGGAGAUGAGGGAGGACUGAAAGAACCACGUGGGAUAUCACUAGAUCCUGAGGGAAACAUUAUUAUCUGCAAUUCAGGAAAAAGUUGUGUCCAACUGCUUUCCUCUGAAGGGGACCUUCUCCUAACCUAUGAUGGUAGAGCUUGUGGACUUCAAUUACCAUUUGACUGCACUUGCCAUGAAAACAAUGUAUAUGUGUCUGAUUUCAAAGGCCAUAGUAUCAAAGUUUUUAAUGACAUUGGAGAGUUUUUAUUUGAAUUCGGUGAAGAGGGAUCUGGGAAUGGCCAGUUUAAAUCACCAACAGGACUAGCAGUGGACAAAGCAGGAAAUCUCUUAGUUUGUGAUGACUACAACCACAGAGUGCAAGUUUUUACCAAAGAUGGAAGGUUCCUAACAAAGUUUGGAUGUUAUGGAGAUGAAAUGGGACAGCUGAAUAAGCCAACGGGCCUGGCAGUCUGUCGGAAUGGUGACAUUGUUGUUGCAGAAUUUGGAAAUAAUCGUCUCCAAUAUUUUAGAAACUAG